AUGGUCAAACUUCUUGUGCUGGCCUUUUCUAUGGGGAUUGCUUUAUGUGCUGUAGUUAAAACUCCAAACAACUACGGUCCUUACAUUCGCGAUGUCAUCGAAACAGUUACCUGCGUGUUUAGAUCAGUGAAGAUCACGUAUGGGAAACUCCAGAAAUAUCCCAAUAAUUGUCGUUUAUUCAUAUUUUGUAUGAAUGAUGUAGGGAUAGUACGAGAGUGUCCCAACGGGCUAUACUUCAACCCAGUAGAGAAAUUAUGUGAUUUACCAGAAAACGUAGACUGCGAAGAUCCAACCGAAACUACUACUGAUGAAAAUGGGGAAGGAUCUACUACAGAGACCGGUAACACCACCGAAACAACGGAAGAAGGAAUACCCAGCACUACAGGUGACCAGACGACGAAUGGAGAGACUUCAAUCGAUACGACGACCAGUGAUGAACCCACAAUCGAAAACACUACAGUUGAAGGCACAACAUCUACCACUACAGCCGAUCAGACAACAAAUGAUGAACCCACAAACGAAGACACUACAAUUGAAGGCACAACAUCCAGCACUACAGUCGAUCAGACAACAAAUGGAGAAACUUCGGUCGAAACGACAACCAUCGAAGAACCCACAAACGGAGACACUACGGUUGAAGGUACUACAAUCGCUCCGACGACCAGUGAUGAACCCACAGACGAAGACACUACAGUUGAGGAAACAACAUCCAGUACUACAGUCGAUCAGACAACGAAUGGGGAAACAUCGGUCGAAACGAUAACCAGCGAAGACCCCACAAACGGAGAAACUACUGUUGAAGGUACUACAAUCGCUCCGACGACCAGUGAUGAACCCACCGACGAAGACACUACAGUUGAGGGAACAACAUCCAGUACUACAGUCGAUCAGACAACGAAUGGGGAGACCUCAAUUGAAACGACAACGAGUACUACUGUUGAUGAAGAAACCAGUACAACUACUGUUACUGAGGAAAUAUGUGAGCCAUUGUGUACAGUAUUACCCAUGUAUGGCGGAGAGGUUGCCCAUCCAGAAUAUUGCGAACGGUACAUUAGCUGCGUUAAUUCAUGCGACGGAGCCACAAGUUUUUGUCCGGCGAGCUUACUCUUCAACCACUUUAUGUCAGUGUGUGAUAUUUCGGAAAGAGCGGAGUGUAUAUUAGAAGUUUGUGUUGGUAAAGAGACUGGAACACUGGCCAGUGUCAACAGCUGCCGACAUUACUUUGUGUGCCUUUUGGAGAGCGCACUUUUGCGAUCUUGUGGAGAUGGGCUGGUGUUUGACCCUUCGCAAUUGGUGUGUGUGCAGGAAGACGAAAGCAAUACUUGUAAUAUUCCAGAUAUUCCUCCGGCACCACCAGAAGUGAUGGUUGAAUGCGAAGAAUCUGUACAAUUGCAGAACCUUAGGCAUCCAGAGCUAUGCAACGUAUACUAUAGGUGCGUUCGGGGAAAUAUUUUCCCUCGGCAGUGUCAGCCAGGUUUGUUCUUCGACGAAGUAAAGCAAGCCUGUAAUCUGGCAGAACUGGUCGACUGCACAAUGACGUAAUACAUUUACACGCAAUACAGUAUUGUGGACUGUACUGCUUAAUCUUUUCACCGAAAAGUAUCUAUUUAGUAUCAAUUCUUAAACAUAUAUGUAAUACUUAUUUAACAGAAAUCAUCAAAUGAAAAUAAAUGUUCUAUUUUG